ACUUGUAUCAGAGGCAUCAGAGCGCACAGAGCAGCAGAGGCACACAGAGCUCAUAAAUCAUCCGUGUUCACUCGACUUCAUCCAGCCAACAGAGCAAGAACAACAUCCCUCUCACACAAACCAGGACUUUUAUUUGUUUAUGCAAAUUAAUGUUAAAAUCUUUAAAUAUGCUGCUGUGUUCACACUUCGGACGGAGAAGAGGACAGCCUUAGAAUAAAACACCGCGCACGUUGAACUCCACUCCGGAGAGGAGGAAAGAAACGCGUGUCUUGGACUCGCUGAUCGUCUCUUUGCUCCUUUUCUUCGUUACUUUUCGGAUACUUCAGCCGGUCCACGAUGGAGGCCAGAGGGAAAUAUGAUUUUGCUGCAACAGCAGACGACGAGCUCAGCUUCAGAAAGAGCGACGUACUGAAGAUUUUGAGCCCACAAGACGAGUGGUAUAAAGCAGAGAUGAACGGGCAGGAAGGAUAUAUCCCGCAAAACUACAUUGAGAUGCAGACUCCAAGGUGGUUUAAGGAGAACGCCAGUCGCAGCACUGCAGAGGAAGUCCUCCGGCACAAAGACGUGGGAGACUUUGUGAUCCGAGGGUGUCAGAGUUCCCCGGGAGACUUCUCCAUCUCUGUCAAGCAUGAGAGCGACGUUCAGCACUUUAGAGUGAUGAAAGACAACAAAGGACAUUACUUCCUGUGGUCUGAGAAGUUCACCUCAUUAAACCAGCUGGUGGAGUUUUACAAGUCCACCUCCAUCUCUAAAACCAGGGAGAUCUACCUCAACGACGGCAGCUCGGACAGGAGCCCCCCCAUCGCACAGGCGGUGAAGAGGGGAAGUUUGCCUGAACAACGUAACAUGGCUGCAGCCGUCGUUGCUUCACCGCGCAGAGCUUCAGACCAGCCUCACAGCCAGCUGGCUAAGAGAGCAGGACUGGAGGAUCGAGCUCACACCAUCGGUCACACAGGAAGAAGCAGCCCCAUCAGCCCUGCUUUUCCUCCCCAUCGCACUUCUGAAACCUUGCCUCCGCCUCAGAGGGCGUCCACGCUGCAGGUGAAGGCACUGUACGACUUCAAAGCAGAAGAAGAAGACGAACUCGGUUUCGGCGCCGGCGACAUCAUCGAGGUCCUGGAUCGCUCUGACGCGUCGUGGUGGAAAGGGAGGCUGCGGGGGAAAAACGGGCUGUUUCCUGCCAACUACACAUUGCAGCUUUGAGAAAACACCACAGGCGAUGCACUUAUACUGAGCCUGCACACGUCCACAGACUCGCUCUGCAGGUGCUGACUCACUGACUCAUCUAAUCUCUGCACCGUAUGUUCAUCAACGACUGUGAGUCAGUUAGUGUUUUCAGAUAAUAUUCAAAUAUAAAGGAGCAGAGACACACCCACAGGAACUUCCUAAAACCUGCUGCAGGUGGGAUACAAAACAUUUGUAUUUGUAUAAUCUGACAGCAGGUAUUUAUUUGCAAAAUGCUCGUUGGCCGCUCUGCUGAUGAACUGUUUCUGCUCGUGUUUUAAGUGUAGUCAUAUUUUAUACCACAACAAGUUUUGUGUGAAAAGAAAUUGCAGAUUUUUUAAGAAGUCUGAUUGCUUAAUAUAAACGUGUAACUUUUUUGCAAUAAACUCUUUUUUUUAAUCACUGA